AUGAAAGAAAACAUAGUACUUGUAACUCUGCUAACACUUGUUUUGCUGUUACAGUACUCUCUUAGUGAAAGUAGAAGGCUUGAUCAUGACCAAUAUAGACGCCAAGGCAAAGAAGAAGAAGAAGAAAAAUUGAGAAGAGCAAGAGGAAAUGGGAGAAGAAAAAGAUUAAAGUGCGACCCAUUUUACUUAUAUCUUUAUGGAACUUGUGGACAAUGGCCUUUCCCUACAUAUCCUUCACCAAAUAACCCAUUUCAUCAAACACCUUUCGUGCCAUAUUCUCCACCCCCAUUUCAUUACUCUCCUCCUACGCCCCCACUAGUUAUCCCUCCGCCGUUACUUCCAUCUCCACCACCAUCUCCAUGGUGGUUAUCAUCAUCACCACCGCCGCCUCCUCCUGAUCCUAUACCAUGGUAUUUUUCAAUUCCACCACCACCACCUCCUCCUGACCCUAUACCAUGGUAUAUUACAGCACCACCACCUCCAGAUCCUAUACCGUGGUAUAUUACAGCACCACCGCCUCCGCCGCCAGAUCCUAUACCAUGGUAUAUUACACCGCCUCCUGCUACAGAUCCUAUACCGUGGUAUCUUUCAGCACCACCACCACCGUUGCUUCCCAAUUGA